AUGACGUGCAGUGCAACGUCAUAUCAUGUCACCUUAUCUCUAGUUCAAAUGUACGUCAAGAUCGUCUCUUUCGAAGAUGUUCUCGGUGAACCUGAAGGCGCACACUCGAUCGACUGCGUCUGGAAGCUUGCGUACACGUGCUUUUCGUGCUGGCUUGGACUCUGUUACAAGAUUUCCACCUUAUUAUGCGGAAUCUGUAUCGCCGCGCAGUGGGGCUGCGAGUUCGCCGAAGUCGCCUUCUACCAUGUCUGGUUCAUCACCCCGAUGUUGAAGAUGUGCGAGAUGAACUGCGCCGUCUGCACGAAGGUAAUGCGCACGUGCCUCUCAUGCUGCAUCGAGCCGUGUUGCGAGGCGUGCGGAGCUGUAUUCCACCACUUCAAGAAAUAA